AUGAGCCACGAAACGGCGUCGCAGCCAACUGCGGCUGAUGACCACGCCUGGAGCGGCGUCGAGGAGAGCAUCGAGGAUCCCGAAGAAGUCAGAGUCAUAUUUUGCGCCCUGGAUUCCUUCUCGCAAUACGCCAAAGCAGCACACUUCAACCUCACCCAUCUCCGCCGGCGCUCAUUCUAUGCCCUCCCACAGGCGCACUGGAAGCUCCUCGCAGACAAACCCUUCAACUUCCUCGAGACGCUGGACAAGGUGGACGAUGCCAUAGACUCCAAUGCCGAGCUGGCCCGUGCCAUUGUUGAGGUCGGGCUGACGGCCUUCCGAUCCCUGGCAUCGAUGCCGCAGGAGUGGGUUGGCGUGGCUAAGCACUCCGACAUUGACAAGGCCAGGAGCACGAUCCGCCAGUUCUACCGCGACUGGACGGAAGAGGGUGCGGCGGAGCGGGAAGCCUGCUACGGCCCGGUCAUGCGGGCCAUGGAGCGGGAGAGGACGCGGCUGCCGGACAGCGGACCCCUCAAGGUGCUGGUUCCGGGCGCGGGCCUGGGGAGGCUGGUGUUUGAGCUGUGCCGCAGCGGGUACGUGGCGGAGGGCAACGAGAUCUCAUACCAUCAGCUCAUGGCGUCGUCAUACAUCCUCAACGAGUGCCAGGCCGCGGGGAAGCACACGAUAUACCCCUGGGUACACACCUUCUCGAACCACCUCACGCGGGCGAACCACCUCCGCGGGUACAAGGUCCCCGACAUCCACCCCGCAACGACCCUCGCCGCCGACAGCCAGACCGUGGGGGGCAUGUCCAUGUGCGCGGCCGACUUCCUCUGCCUGUACGGCGACGACGCGCACCAAGAGGCGUACGACGCGGUCGCAAGCGUCUUCUUCCUCGACACGGCGCCUAACCUGAUACGGUACCUCGAGGUCAUCUACCACUGCCUCCGCCCCGGCGGCGUGCUGAUCAACAUCGGACCAUUGCUGUGGCACUUUGAACACAACCCGCCGGGGAAUCACGGCACAGAUGACGACGGCGACGGCCAACACGACCUCAAGAACUCCUCGGGCAUUGCGGACCCAGGGAGCUUCGAGCUGUCCAACGAGGAGGUGAUGGCUCUGCUGGGGAAGCUGGGGUUCGAGGUCGAGUGGCAGCAAGACGGCAUUGAGGCGCCGUACAUCCAGGACAGCGAGAGCAUGCUGCAGACGGUGUACAAAGCCAGCGCAUGGGUGGCGCGCAAGCCGGCUGCGGUCACGACAUGA